CGUCGUUGGCACUCGACGUGUGGCUCGCACUAUAGCUGACACUGUCGCGGACUACAAUGUCAAAUAUUUUAGGGGCAUCGCGAGCUUCCGUUUUCAUGCCAAGCACAGAAGAUCCGUCGUGAUAUUUUGUUCAUACUGCCUCCACGAAUACUCAAAGUGAUAUUUUUCGGUAUACACUGAAGUGAUGACAUCUUCACAAUAAGGUCUAUGUUAAAGGAAGACAGAGAUGAAGGUGAUGCGGCGAAGAGAUUCAAACGGGCUGUUCACUGAAUACUCCGACAAUGAUUGUGAGGAUGAAGUCAGUACAGAAUCCAGAGAGGCUGUGUGUGAGAAUGAGCCCUGCGCCAGUCACUGCAAACAGCACCCACAAGCAGAUAACAGCCUGAAGUGUAAUGAGUGUGGGAAAAACAGAACAAUAAUCACCAGAUACUCAGAAGGCUAUGGCACUGAGGAGGAGUGUGUCCAGUCUGAUGCUCAAGGAGAGAGUGAUGCAGAUGCAGAUAUAGAGGACACAGACAGCAGACUGCAGGAUGUGGGUUCUCUUCAGCGAAUCAGCUUGCGUAAGCGAAAGCGUCAGCGAAUAGCACGGCAGGACACCACAGAGAGUGAGGAUGAUGGAGGAUGGUGCCAGAGGACUCACCGCUGGAGUCUGAGGCUGAGCCCCCACCGUCCACACAAUAGAACCAUCCUAGAGGUUUCCAGUAUUGAAAAUACUUCAGAGUUCAACAGAGGAAUCUGCAAUGAUGGACUAUAGCUUACAAUUUCCUGUAAUAUGUAUGGAACGGUUAGGUACAGCUAUAGAGAAGAUGUACAUAAUAAAGUGAUCACUCAGUGUACAACAAUUAAUCCUCCCUUCUUUCUUUCUGGUAUACUUGGUCGUUUGUCAUUAGGAGAGCAUUUCUCAGGUAAGGCCACUGGUGAUUUCUCGAUGUAAUGCAGUAGAACCUCUGGCUGCCUCGAGCAACGAACCCCAAAGAGGAAAACAGUCACUUCAAGAGUGGCCUUUCACAUUCUCCCUCCCUCUUUUCUUCUUCCUCAUCAUCCUCCCUCUCUCCAUAUCUAUCAUAAUUGUGUUCUUUGUAUUACCCCUCUCACUUACUAAUACCUGACUCCAUCUUCAACUGAUUCCUUGUGCAAAUCAUUUUUAAAUAAUUUUUUGUUGAUACAUAUGUUAUUGUAAGUGUUAUUAGAACUUAUUACGUUAUAAUCAAUCUUAGAAUGAAAGUCUUGUAACAGCUCAUUUGAAUUGUCAACACAGUGUCUUUGAUUGAUACAUGUUAGAUAGUGGAUAACAGUUAUAUUAGUUAUUUUAAUUCUUUUGUAAGAGCUAAAAUCAUCCUUUAGGGUUCUUUAAAGUCUAAUAGAUUUUGUCCUUUUUAUUAGACAGAAUGCUGUAAUUCAAUUUUCUUUUUAUUCCUCUAAAUCUGGUAAAAUUUGGUAACCUAAUUGUCAUUCUGUUGGUUUGAGGACUUUCAUUUUUUUUGUCUGUCCCUGCCUUUAACAAAUCAACCUAUGCAAUGUACAGGCAACAAUCUUGCAGUUGCACAAAAUACAUAUGUGGGUUUUUCUGUUUCCAUCUUCUCCUUUUCAUUCCGGUGAAUGCAUGUCUGAUAUAGCACUGAAGUUUUUACUGCAGGUCAGUUGGCUUCCAAAUGUUUUUUGAAUGUGAUUAAUGGUAAAAUUGAUCACUUUUCAACUGAUUUUUCUGUGAAAGUCGAUAUUGACAGUUAAGGUUACAUAAGCUUACAUGAAAAGCACAAUGUCAUUAUUAUUAUUAUAAAUUUAUAAUUUCUUCUUUGAUUUGUCACUACUUCAGUCUGUAAUAGUCCAAAGUUUGCUCAUUCACAAUGUGCAUUAUGCUUAAUUUUCCUUUGUGAUUCUAUAGUUUCACUAGCCAUGAACUUUCUUUCUCAUUGUCACCACCUGUACCCUUCUGAAGCUUUAACAUGAAUGUUGGUAUGUUUGUGAAGUAUUUUGGGUCUAGAUUUUAAUAGAAUUAAAAAUAAAGUUUGACAACAUGA